CAAAGGACGGGACGCUGACCCGAGUAAAGCCGAUUACUGUCCCAGACUGCUGCUGCUAGAAAACAGGUCAGACUUUAAAUUACUAUGUUCAUGUUAACGUGCAAUUAUUGUAAUCAAUUAUAUUUGCAUGCAAUACAUGGAUAUUGUAAUUUAAAGUGUAAUUUUUUUCAUCAGACUGUUUAUCUGACAGUUUUGUUUGAGUGCACGCAACAAUUGAUGAAGAAAUCAACUUCUCUUGGAUUGAUGACUGUGAGUGAUUUGCAGGGUAAAUGCACACUGCAUAUGACAGAUUUUUGCGAACCGAUAACACUGCAUUAAUUGCACAGGAAUGUGCAUCUUUGCAUUUCGGACGCGUUGCAAAUGUCUGUUUCGUUGAGAUCUGCGCAGCAUCCUCUCUCCUCGCAUGUCAUUCUUUGUUACUGCUGUCCUUGCUUGAGCCUCGGUUGUUUCUGCAAGAGACAAAGAUCGUGCUGGAGUUGUUACAGACCCGAAGAAAUCCCUGUCGAAGCUCACGCAGAAAUGGGGCGAAAGGAGGGCGACUAUGUAUGGAAAAAGAGCACGGAUAACAUCCAGGAUGUGUUUGAAUUCAUGGAGGUGCUCGGAUCGGGAGCGUUCUCAGAGGUCUUCAUGGUGAAGGAGAGAAAAACAGGGACGCUUUUUGCUAUGAAGUGUAUGAAGAAGAAAAACAAAAGGGACGUCAACCUGGAGAAUGAAAUCGCCGUGUUGAGGAAGAUCCAACAUGACAAUGUGGUUUGCUUGGAGGAUUUCUAUGAAAGUCGGACGCAUUACUACCUGCUCAUGCAGCUCGUUUCAGGUGGUGAACUUUUUGACCGGAUCCUGGACCGGGGCAUGUAUUCAGAGGCUGAUGCUAGUCUGGUCAUCAGACAGGUGCUGGAGGCAGUCGGCUACCUGCACAAAAACGGCAUAGUCCACCGCGACCUCAAGCCAGAGAAUCUGCUCUACUACAGCCCUGAUGAAAACUCUAAGAUCAUGAUCAGUGAUUUUGGCCUCUCUAAGAUGGAAGAUAAUGGCAUCAUGUCCACGGCCUGUGGGACUCCAGGAUAUGUCGCCCCUGAAGUAUUGGCCCAGAAACCCUACAGCAAAGCCGUUGACUGCUGGUCUAUUGGAGUCAUCACCUACAUCCUUCUCUGUGGAUAUCCUCCUUUCUAUGAAGAAACGGAGACUCGUCUCUUUUCUAAAAUUAUGAAGGCGCAGUACGAGUUCGACUCACCCUUCUGGGAUGAUAUCUCUGAGUCUGCAAAGGACUUCAUCCGCAACAUGAUGCAGAAGAAUCCUAAAAUGCGUUAUGAUACAGAACAGGCUCUCGGACACCCCUGGAUUAUAGGAAAGACGGCCCGGAGUCAGGACAUCUACCACUCCGUCAGUGAGCAGAUCCAGAAAAACUUUGCCAAGUCCAAGUGGAAGCAAGCCUUCAACGCUACAGUGGCCAUUCACCACAUGAAGAAACUGCAGCUGGCCCACUCUGAGGCCUGUGUCCAUCUGAAACAGACGUCUGCGCCUGCGCCUGUGCCUGAGAUCAAGGUCAUCGCAACCUCCACACCUGAAUCCGUCCGCAAGAAGCUGUUCACUGAGACCCCCGAACCAAACGGCAACAUACCCAGUAAUCAGAUGAAUGUGCCGUCUGGCUCCACUGAGUCAAAGAGUCAGUAUCACCCGGUCCGGGUCAGUCACAGCGAGACCACCCAUGUUGGGACCCUCACCAUUGCAGAGAAGAGCAAACAUGUGUAUCACUCGGAGCCAGCAGACCUAAAUGGGUAUGUAUUUAUGUUUAAAUUAUAGAAAACAUGACCUUGGUUUGAUUAUUUGAGCUAAAACUGUAACACUCUACGUUUGAUAACUAAGCUAUGAAAAUGUGUUCAUUCAGAAACCACCAUUCUUAUAAGGUCACAA